AUGUCCUCUAGCUUCAUUCCUGCCUGCGUAGAAACGAUCAACGUUCCUGAAAUCACUUCUCAAGAUAUAGAGGAAUUCAGCCUUUAUCAAGCUGCUCAUCCAAAUCAUGAAGGCGAGUUUGAUCAUCAAAGCUUCAACAAGCCCGAGGCCAUCUAUUUCCGUAAGAAGCCCGAAGGCAGUGAGUCGGAUGAGGUGUUCUAUACAUCGUCAACGGAAGACCCAACUGCAACCCAAGUCACGUUCUUGACUGGCAGAGGUAAAGGAAACAUCAUCCAGACACUCAUUCCCAUUGACUAUGAUGAAGAUGCCAAUGGUCAGCGUAGGGACGGUGGAGCCAUAUGCACCAUUGACUCUAAUGGAGAAGAGUUUUUCCAAAUAUUUCGAUUUCUACCUGCCUCUGACGGAAAGCCGCAAUUGCUUGAAGCCUGGACGAAGCCAGGCACAGUAACGCGGCCCUUCGUUCUAACCAGCGACUGUUCCAAACUGUUCUACGUAUGCAAUGCUCGCAACGGAAAAGACAUGGAUCUGUAUGUGCGUCAUCUGAAGAAUCGACCUUCUGAUGAGCCUGAAUAUGGCCAGCUGAUCCGAGAAUUGGACGAUGGUUGGAGAGUGGGUGAAAUCAAUGCCGAUGACUCCAAAAUGAUAACCUUUCACAGAGUCUCACCACAACUAGUAGAGCUCUGGCUGUAUGAUAUUAAGACAGGGGAGAUGGACCAAGUGGUACUCCCUGGUACACACAAGGGUAACGCCGACAUCAAGGUUCUUGGACGAUUCUCUAAGACUGAUCCUCAUAUUAUCUAUCUUUCUACCAACUGGAUGUCUGAACACACUUCUCUCGUGAUUUAUGAUGCCUCUAACGAUUCUGUAAGACCCAUCACUACACCCACUCUGGAAGAAUCUAUGUUGCCAAUGCCAUGGACUUGCUACAGUCAUAUGACUAAAACCAAAAUGCUUAUCCAAGCCCUAGUCGACGGAUACGAUGAGCUCUAUGUAUUCGACAUUGCUACAGAAGUCAUCAGAAAAGUCGACAUUCCUGAUUCUAUGAUUGGAAAAGCUAGCAAGUUGAAGACAUCUGUAUUGGACGAUAACCUAGCUAUCUUCUCCUUGGACUCUGUGGCAUCUCCUGGGGUGAUGUACCUUCUCAAUUUAGAGACACUGAAACUCAAGCCAUAUAAAUGCACUGAAAUUUCUAAUCCACCUCACCCGUCUGGGUUUCCUAAACUCAUUCGUUACAAGUCUUUUGAUGGGUUGGAAAUUCCAGCAUUUGUCUACCUACCCGCCAAGUACAAUGGUGUCAGCUUGGACCGCAUUGACUCCAAAGACAAACUACCUGUCAUCAUCUACAUGCAUGGAGGGCCGGAAUCACAGCAUGUUCCGUCUUAUAACCCUCGACUUUACCUUCAGUACUUUGUUCAUACUCUGAACUGUUGCAUCAUUGCACCUAACGUACGCGGAUCGUCCGGAUAUGGAAAAGCGUUUAUGGCAGCUGACGACGGUAUUAAACGCGAAGAUUCUGUGAGAGAUAUCGGUUCGCUACUUGAUUAUAUUUCCACCGAUAUGUCGUUCCUGGACUCUUCAAGAAUUGCCGCCAUGGGUAGAUCCUACGGCGGUUACAUGACCUUGGCGUGUAUGACUCACUUUUCCGAUCGUCUCAAGUGUGCUGUCGAGACUUGUGGCAUUUCAAACUGGCAUGUUCCAUUUGCGCGAUACAAGGGUGAAAAAUAG